AUGUCCUUCAAAUUAAUCCAACUAAUUUUAUUCAUUUUUCUAGUCGGAAUCAUAAAUUAUAAAGGUGGGAUUAAUGCCGAGAGUUCAGCCGGUAGUUCCAAUAAUUCCCUUGCUGCACCGCCAAGUAUUGAUAGCUCAAGCAGUAUUAAAGUUUGUGCAACACUUAAUGCCUGCAGUAAGGCGAAGACUAUAUGUGGGUCUGCAUUUGCUCCUCCUACAUUAAAUGGUUUAACUCAUUAUUUAGCUUCGGCUAAGUGCGAAUGUAGUGCAGCUUUUUAUAACAAUUUAACUCAAUGUUUAGAGUGCUAUAAAAACUCGAAUUACAAUUAUGUCAUUGAUGAUCUUAGUAAAUGGCAAAAGGGCUGUUCUGCUUUAGGUGUCCCAUUCAAUAGUACUACAGAUUCCACAUCAAUUUCCAAUAGUUCAAUCAAUGUUUUAAUAUACGUCAUAAUGUGCACAGCAGCAGUUAUUAUAUUUAUUAUAGUAUUCAUCAUAUGGUACCUAAAGAAACGUCAAAUCCAGAAAGUCGAAGAAGAUGGAAACAUUUAUUAUGAUCCGACAGAUUAUUCAGGAAAGAAAGAAUAUGAAAUUGCCCAUCAUACAAUAUCUCAGCAUCAAAACACUCGAAUAAACCAAUAUUAUACAGGUGAAACAAACUCAAAUUGGAGUGAUUUUUCGCAAAACACACUUGUAAACAAUUUGACUGAUGAACACUUUACUAAAGAGGGUACUAAACAUGAGGCUCAAAAAGUAGUUGAUGGUGACGAGGAAUUUAUAACUCUAGAAUUUAAUACCUUUGAAAAAACAUCAACUCGAAAAUUUAACACCUUAGAACAAUCGACUAUCCAGGAACCUGAUGCCUUCAAACAAACAGCAAUUCGUGUACCUAAUGCUCUUGAACAAUCAGCAACUCGUGAACUUAAUGCCCUUGAACAAACAGCAAUACGUGAACCUAAUGCUCUUGAACAAACAGCAACUCGAGAACCUAAUGCUCUUGAGCAAACACCAAACAUAGAAUUUAAUAUUUCUGAACAAGAAUUAAGUGCUUUCGACCGGCCAGCAGCUCAAGAGGUUAGUGUUUCCGAAAAUUCAACCAUGUUAGAAAUUGAAGAUCAUAAUAAUGAUGACUUUGGUCUUAAAUUACUCACAAAUUCCCUUGCUUACUAG